CGCGCCACCACAACCCCCAGACAGCUGGCCGCCAACUACCCAUCAAUAUUCGCUCGGUCUCUCAUAAGAGCUAUACGCGAUGGAUUCUCUGGCUGCAGAAGACGAGAAGAAACCCUUUGACGCCGUUCUUGGGCAGAACGAAGAGGAGACGCUGCCUGACCCCGACGAACACCUCAUAUACCAAGAUGGUCCGCUGGGCCGCAUUUGGCUCGCCAAGAUACCUAAGUUUCUGCUCGAGAGGUGGUCAAGGGUCGAUCAAGCGAAUAUACACCUUGCCACGAUCCGAGUGUAUCCGGAGGAGGUUAACCCGGUCACCAAGAAGAAACCUCGCAUAUUCCUGAUGCUACCACCGGAAGAUCCAGAGAACGCAGAUCAUCCAGACAGUUACGAACUUGACAUGGUCAACGACAUGGUCGAAAACCAGUAUGUGAUCGCCGAGAAACCGAAGGCCGCAAUCUAUACGCCAAAUGGGACCCCCGGAUCUUCAUAUAGCAUGCCACACUCCCAAUCACAACCUUCCUCGCGUCCUGGAACCCCAUCUUCCUUCCGUUCCCCUGCGGCGACCCCGCUCCCCACCGCUUCCCCCAUGCUUUCUUCUUCUCAGUCUUCCUAUUCGCAUGUCAAUUCUCGGGCUCGGUCGACUAUGCUGGCGGGCGCCGUCCGACAUGAAUGCAACGUUCGACCUAUGUUCACCUCGUCGUACCGCCGACGAAUGAAGGCGCGGAGCGUCGCCGCGAAUACGCCAUUGCGCCAGAUACGUAUGAUUGACGACGUGAUCUCGUCGACCGACGGAAUUAACAAGAUCAACAUGCUGAGCAGCGGUGUACAAGACUCUAGCGCGUUCCGCGGCUUUGUCAAAACCAAACAGAAGCCUCCCAAGGGUCAAUUCGAGCGCAUGGCAAGGAUGCCCAGGAAUCAGCUUCUCGAUAUGCUGUUUUUUCUGUUCAGGCAACAGGAGCGAUGGCCGAUCAAGAUUCUUCGCGAGCGAACCCAGCAACCGGAGGUGUAUCUCAAAGAGGUGCUCUCGGAAAUCGCAGUCCUUACUCGCAGUGGCGAAUUCAGUGGGACGUGGGAGCUUAAGCCCAACUUCCGCGAAGAUGGGAUCAAGGCGGAGCAUGUGCCACUUCCGCCUGUCCCGUCUGCUUCUUCAACGUACGGAUUCGAUCCGAAGGAAGAGGCAGAGGAUCUCAGCAUGGGUGAAGACGAAGACGAGGAGGAUGACAUGGAAGAAGUAUCAUGAUAGUCGGAUAAUGCAUGCCGCUACAUGUUCCCUCAAGGCCUUCAGCAACAGAAUCUGGCGCGCAACGUAAAGUGGGACCGUGUUAGCCGUGGAUCCGACGUCUCUUGCGCCCUGUUGUUUGUUGCCCAAGCCUCAGCUCCCCGAUGUUCUUCCUAUCCAGGGGUUUCCUUCUAUCAGCACGCUAGCAUAUCUAGCGGCAUCUGUGCCAUAAUGAUGGCCGUCGUGACGCACGGCCAGCAGGCUCCUUCCUGACGGCUGCGUAUGUACAUUACAGUAUGCUCGAUAUCCAAUAAUAGCAUAUAUGCAAUAUAUAGUCUUCG